AAUGCGCAUUGUUUUAGUGUACUGCGAUGUGCUGAUAGAGAAAAGUUGUGUUCAACAUUGAAGGGAUAGGAUCGCUAACAUCUAGAUUUCUAGUUAGUGUUAACCUUUGCUUUGAUCUCAUUAUCCGACCAAACUAAAAAAGGCGUAAUACAGUUGUCAAUUUUCUGCAAUACAUAUACUUAGAACCAGCAACAUGCGGGAAUACAAGCUUGUUGUCCUUGGCAGUGGUGGUGUAGGUAAAAGUGCUCUGACUGUUCAAUUUGUUCAAGGCAUUUUUGUAGAGAAAUAUGACCCAACAAUAGAAGACAGUUAUAGAAAGCAAGUUGAAGUUGAUGGUCAACAAUGUAUGUUGGAAAUUUUAGAUACUGCUGGCACAGAGCAAUUCACAGCAAUGAGAGAUCUUUACAUGAAGAAUGGACAAGGUUUUCUAUUAGUUUACUCAAUAACAGCACAGUCUACUUUUAAUGAUCUCCAAGACUUGAGGGAGCAAAUUCUAAGAGUCAAAGAUACUGAUGAUGUCCCUAUGCUGCUGGUGGGUAAUAAAUGUGAUCUAGAAGAUGAGAGGGUUGUAGGAAAGGAUCAAGGUCAAAAUUUGGCACGCCAGUUUCAGUGUGCAUUCCUUGAAACAUCAGCAAAGAUGAAGAUCAAUGUUCUUGAGAUAUUUUAUGACUUAGUUCGCCAGAUCAACAAGAAGAAUCCUGGUCCUGGAAAGCAGAAAAAGAAAAAGAGUGGCUGCAAUUUACUUUGAAAUCAUAAUGGUGCAUUUGUUGGAGACAUGGUGGUAGGCAGUUACUUUUACAGUACAGUUCAUCUAAAUUUCUCUCUAAAAUAAGCUUGACGGAUACUAACCUAAUACUACUAAGGAUACUGUUUAUUUAAAUACAGGUGUCUGUCAUUAUCUCAAGCCACUAAUACAGCCGUGUCAACAUGGCUAGUGAUAUGCCAGUCUAUAUUUCUAUUUAUCGGACUACGAUCAAGCCUGUUUAAUUGUGGCUUCCAACUUAUUACUAUAAAAAUUGUGAGCCAGAAAUGAGAAACAGCAAAAGUACCUUGUGUGUGGCUGUGUUAAUUGAAUAUAAUGUAAAUGCCUACGUAGUUACAGUAAUGAUCUAGAUGGAUAAUGUAACAAAAAAUGCAAUAAUUAUUGAAACAAUGUGUGUGCAUUCUGAUGGUAAAUUUGGAAUUUAUGCAAAGAACUACAUUUUGUAUAGAAUCUCUUGGGUCAAAAUUUAGAUUUAAGGAAAUGGGACUUACUCAUACUCACAAGCCACUGAAAUUGUAGAUUUUUGCUCACUGCUCUUUUUGAAAAAAAAUUUCUUUCACUUGCAUGUUGACCUAGUUAGUGCUUUCAUGUCAGAUUUUUUUAUUGUUGCUGGGCAGUCUGGAUUCUAAUGUCCAUGAGGAUAAUACAAAAUGUUUGAUGGACCAUGGAUUAAUUCAUUUUUAGUGGGGGGUAUUUGUGGACUUUUUGUUGCAUUUAUUUGUUCAGUGUAAUUUAUUACUUCUUACAUUGUUUCAUCACAUUUUAAUUCUAUAGUGUCAGCUUAGAAACUAUUGCAGUAACAUCUAGCUUAUUUGUGCACCUUGAAAUUAUGUUUUCAAAAAGUUAACUGACAAAGGGAUUUUAUAAGCUAAAUCUAAUCAGAGCAAGGGCAGUUCAAAGGAGUUGUUUCAAGAUGUUGAUUAGAGACAUUAAUCUGUUAAUUGGGCUGAUUUUUGUAAGCAGCAGUUUUUCCCUGUCCUUUGUGGGCAGGUUUUAAAUGCAUUGUAGUUUUUUUUUAAUUAGGUUAUAUUUUUAAAAUAUGUAACACCCAUCUUGGUUUUAUUUAAAAACAUUUAUUCACCGUUAAUUAUUUAUUUUUAUCUGAAACUUGGCUGUUAAUGUGUACACACUUUCUUCAGAGAGAUGAACAAAUAUGGCAUGCACAUCUUUCUUUAAUUACAUUUUCACAUGUUCUAAUGCUUAAAUCUAAACAUGGUAUGCUAGGGUCAGUGAGCCAGCUUACUUGUAGUGUUGACAAAGUGAUGCAGGUCAACUGGUGUUAACUUUCUUAUGUGGAUCACAGUAUGUCAUGUGCUGGACAUGUUUAAGCAAAUUAACACCAGUGCCUUCUUAUAAGACUGCUAAGACUAAAAAAAAAUUAAUCACUAACCUGUUUUUUUUUUCAUUGUUUGUUAACAGGUAAUGCCCUUUUUAAAAAAUGAAUUCAGUUCAGUAGUACAAUCUUUUUAUUUUACAAGCUAUGCUCUGUUUGUGACAAGUUUCAUGUCGAAAUAUGGUGAUGGUUUGUUUAAAGAGAUAUCUGAAUCUGUCUUGGUACUGUAUAUAUUGCCUAGAUUUAUGUAAAUUUGAAUAGGCCUGCUUCAGGAGUGCAUGAAGGCUAGUCAGAAUGACAGAUGUACAUGUUGUACAAUCACCAGUUCCUGUUUGUAUGUUUUCCAUUGGACAAGUCCAUACUAUUUUAUUCUUAAAUGUAGGCUUGUUAUUUUUCUCCCCAUUCUUUUUUUAGAACCAUUGAUUGAUAGUUUGUUCUACAUAUUGCAGAAUUCAGCUUUACUUGAAAAUAUUUGGUUCUCACAUGUAAAUAUUUGUAUUUGAUUCUGGUUUGAGUGUUAUAGUUUUAUAUAUUAGUAAACAUUAAUCUGCUAUUUGACUAGAAGUAAAAUAAAUAUAAGUAACAAGCCUUCAUUGCGUUUUUGCACUUAACAUAGUGGGUUUGACCUAACUGUUUUAUAGUUUUAAAUAUUUACAUAUGCAUUGUUACUGUAAGGUAUCAUUCAUUUUCUUUACAUUUUUGUAAGUUAGUAAGGACAGGCUUUUAAAUCUUUUCAAUAAACUAUAACAAUGUAAUUCUAUAAAAUGUAUAAAGUAAUGUAAAAUGAACAGAUGUGAUGGACGCUUUAUAUUAAAAAAAAACAUUUUAAUACAUGUGUAUGUAUGGCUUUUUUCUGUAAAAGAUAUCACCCAAGUUGUAAUAAAGAUCAUUUAACAUACACUGC